UUGGUCCACUCCACCGAGGGGAGAAUCGAUCGCAGUAGAAACAGCCGUCGACUUCUCCACGUUGAGUUGUGGGGGCCCACGGAACCCCUCUCGUUAUUACGCCAUUUUAUCCAGAUAUGGCCGACGAAAAUGAAUUAUCGAACGCGCACGAGAUCAUCAAAGAUCGGCUGUAUUUUGCCACUUUUCGACACAAGCCUCAUAGCACCUCACACAUUCAUUAUUUCUCUAUCGAUGACGAACUUAUCUACGAGAAUUUUUACGCAGAUUUCGGUCCCUUGAAUCUAGCUAUGCUGUACCGCUAUAGCUGCAAGCUAAACAAGAAAUUAAAGUCUUUUUCUCUUGGGAAGAAGAAAAUUGUGCACUUCACAUCAACAGACAGCCGGAAAAGAGCAAAUGCAGCUUGUCUUAUAGGUUCAUAUGCUGUCAUCUAUUUGAAGAAAAGUGCAGAUGAGAUUUACCAAACUCUAAACACUGGCUGCAAUCCGCCAUACUUGCCAUUCAGGGAUGCAUCAUUUGGGGCCUGUUCAUACAAUCUUUCGAUCUUGGAUGUUUUAAGUGGAUUACAGAAGGCCCUGCAGAAUGACUUUUUCAAUUUUGACACCUUUGAUGUUCAUGAAUAUGAAUACUAUGAGAGGGUAGAAAAUGGAGACUUCAACUGGAUUGUCCCUGGGAAGUUUCUUGCAUUCAGUGGACCUCACAACAAGAGUAGAAUCAAGGAUGGAUACCCCCUCCAUGCUCCUGAAGCAUACAUUCCCUACUUCAAGAAACACAACAUCUCCACUGUUGUACGACUGAACAAGAAGCUGUAUGAUGCACAGAGGUUUACUGACCAUGGUAUAGAGCACUACGACUUGUUUUUCAUUGAUGGGAGUGUGCCGAGUGACAUGAUUGUUAGGAGAUUUCUAACAAUAGCAGAGAAUGCCAAAGGAGGCAUUGCAAUUCAUUGCAAAGCUGGUCUUGGGCGGACAGGGACUCUGAUUGCUUGUUAUCUCAUGAAGCACUACAGGUUCACAGCAGCUGAGAGCAUAGGAUGGCUCAGAGUAUGCCGACCAGGAUCAAUAAUAGGACCUCAACAGAACUUCUGUGAAGAAAAGCAAGCAAGCCUGUGGAUCCAGGGGGACAUCUUUAGGAGUCGGGAAAAAGACAAAUCAGAAAGAAGUGAUGCACUCACAAAGAUCACAAAUGGUGUGGACACAAUAAAGAUUAAUGACUCGUACACAACAAGAAUUACUAGUCAGAAAGUUCGGGAUUAUAAGGAUAUGACCCCUGUAAGUCUUCGCUCGUCAAUCACUCCAUCGAGCAUGUCAUCUCGGUUGACUUACACACCCACCUUGAAGGAGAUCACCUUGCAACGGCAGGAGAGUGAAGAAAGUGGCCUGACGCAAGGGGAUGAGUUAAGGAGGUUGAAGACCAGUAGAUCCUUACGGCACCCUAGGUCUGCUACCACCGGGGCACUGAGGAUGGAAGAUUCCAAGAUAGGGCAUUCAAGAUCGUCAUCAGGUCAAGCUCUGAGAUUGACAAGUUCUUCAGGAAUGCAAUCUGUCAUGUCUCCUUUAAAAACCUCAAAAGUCACUGCUUUACCAAGACGAACAACCCGGAACUCUAGUCAUAUUCUAAAAAGUCGAGCAAGUGCAAGGGUUGGUAGUAGGUCUCUUAAUCUGGCAGCUUUAGCCAAGACAUGAUGAUGCGUCGCUUCCCGUUUGACAGGGCAUGAUGACCAGAUUCCAGGUCACGGUGCAGGGUUAUAGGAAGACCAGGAAACAGGCCAAUACCUUCUAUGGAUUAAUACAGUCUCUUGGACACUAAAGGAAAUAGCUCUUGACGGUAAUAAUCUCCUUUGCAGAUACUGCGACUCAAUUAUGCAAUUUUAUUGUCUUUGCAUACCAGAUGCCUCAGCCACUGCAAAUAUAUACCUUUUGCUAAAUGAUGAUCAAAACAGGUUUUUAUGGGUUUCUCAAUGGUUUUAGGAUUUAGAACAAUAUCUUUUUAGUCUAUUUUAGGAUAGGGUUAUUAAUGUUAAUUAUAGCGAAAAUUGGAUUAGACAAGCACGGAGUGAAAGAAAAAUAUGAAUCCGCAAUUGGAACAUUAUAAAUUUAGUUCUCUAACUGCGGUCGAGAAGAGGGAAAAACUCAGGAAUCCUUUCAUACACGAGGAGUGAAGAUGCGCGCCGAACAUUUCUACACAUGAAAUUUUCUACAUUUAUGAGAUAUGCUGAGGGGUAGAGGAAUAAGUUAUAAAGUCGAUUUUUAUUGACAUUUUUAAUUUAUUUUACUAGACAUAUUUUACAAGGCAAAACUGUUAUUCAAACUCAUAACACACAUCCACGAUUACGCCCUACUCGGAGAACCAUUUGUCUUUUUGAGCGCUCUAAAAGGUCUCUACCCCGGGGUUACAUAAAAUAGACGGGGGUGAUCGCCUUACUCGGAGAACCAGCUGUCUUUUUGAACGCUCUUAAAGGUCUCUACCCCGGGGUUACAUAAUAGACGGGGGUGAUCGUGGGCAAAAGCGCUUAAUAGGUAGAACAUUGAGUGUAUUUCAAGCAAUUUUAAUUCUAAGAGAUAGCACUACCGUUAAAGUAUUAAGCACUCACUUGACUUGGGCAUUUUGGGAGACCAUUAGCUUGAAUCAGAAAAAAAUUGAAACAACCCUUAGAGGAAGCAGUUGGUAUCAUUUUAUACCCUAAAGGAUAGGGCGUUCACCUCCUUCUAUGUGGAGAGUCCAGCGGUCUCACCUUCGCGGCCGAAGAAAGAAAGCGCCGGAUACCUGGGCAUGCGAGCUUUUUACCAAGCCCACGUUAGGGGUUUGAUUUUUUCCAAUUUAUCUAGGAUUUUCCUUAAGGGGAUCGUGGUCCUAUUUUCACGACUUUGUGACCCCCCGAGGAUGGGGAAUGCUGCUCUAUUUGGGAGGGGCUCUCACAGAUCGACAGCGUCUCCAACAUUUCAGCUUUUCCGUCAUUUUGUAAAUAAUGGUAUAUGGAGGUAAAACUUUUAGAGAGAAUGGAAAAGAUGUCUUUUAUAAACAUACCAGGCGUUGAUUUGCCAGGAAAGACUUUCUACAUAUGUAAAAUAGUAUGGCAAUUAUUUUUGUAUAAAAUGUAUUAUGGUUAGGAAAAUCGUUUUGGUAUACUUGUGGUAACAAGCCAUUUGGGCCGCGUUUAAGUACCACAGGUAUACCACAUGGUUAAAGGCCGCAUUAUAAAUACCAGGCCCAGUAUAUACUACUGAGUGUAUUUUCACGCCUUACCGGCACAUACGCGAGACUUGCUCGCUGUUUUAAUACCAAGGGGAUUCACGUUGACGUGAGAAGGAAAAAUAAUAAAUAAUUGAUUUAUUAAA